CUGGGCCAAUGCUCGUUGCGUAGAGCCAGUGGUGUUCCAUCCUUCACCAGGCAAUAGCUGCCUCGUCUGGCUGGAAGUCCCGCGAGAGACAGAGAGAACGGGUACAGACAGACUGACAGACGGGCGGGCGGACAUACAGACAGACAGACAGAGAGAGAGCGACAGAAUCAGAAAGGAAAAGACGAACAUUCCUGGGAGUUUCUCAUUCCUAACGGAAUUUUCCUCCUCCUUUUCCCCCUCCCCUCUUCUCUCCUCCCUUCCUCCCUCCCUCCCUCCCUUUCUUUUCCAGGCGAGUUCCAAUUCCAUUCUGAUUUCUUCUUCUUCUUCUUCUUCUCCUUGUCCUUCUUUCUGUUCUCCUUUCGCCACGGUGAUCAAAAGUUUUAGCGUCUCUGUCCCAGCGCCAAAUGGAUUCCGCGCCUUCUGUUUUACGACCUCGGUCGACUGCCCCGUCUCCCUCGGAAGUGUCUCAUGAAAGCUAGAACUUCUCCUCCUCCUCCUCCUCCUUCUUCUCCUUCUUCUUUCGACGGCACUGGAUCACAGCAACCGCUUUUAUUGCCCUCGAAUUCGCUGGCCCCCGCCCUCCCCUCCCUCUCUCUCUCUCUCUCUCUCUCUCUCUCUCUCAGCCUCGCCUUCCCGCCAAGAACGAGAAGAUUUCGAGGACCGGGCGGCUUCUCUUGACAUGGAUGCAUAAGCCUGAUUGAUUACGCCUUCGGAGGUUGAUUGGAAUCAGACGCUAUUUUUCUGAUUUUUUUUUAUUUAAAUCGCGCCUUCACCACGAAAAAAAAUAUCACGCACAAAAACACUAAAAAAUCAUUCGUCUCUUCAAAGUCUAAUUCAGCAGAGUCGUAGAACUAUAGAGUAAUUAGUAAUUAAAAUGUUAUAUCCACUUUGCCGCCAAGUGCUUUCCACAAAACUUCAAUCGUGUAUAGGUGAUGACGAAUACUGACCUGUAUCCGUGACCGGCUCGAUAAUAAGCCAAUGAUGAUGACCUUCUCGCCUUCAUGAAAUCGAUCCAUGAUGGUUGUAACGACAGAUUUACGAACCAGAACGGUAUAGGAACUGGGAUGAAAAGCCUUAUAUACAGACUGGAAGGGUAUUCCGCACAGGAGAACACAAGGAAGUAGAUUAUCCAUUCUGGUAAAAGAGGGAGACAAUCACAGAAGCAAUCGCAAUAAAGCAGAAAUAUGGAGGUAAGAGGAGAAAAGAGCAAAAAGGGGAAAAAGGGAGAAACACAGGGAGAAUUAAGAUAAAAGGCGGGGCAAAAUAUAUAAGGAAGAAAACGAAAAGAUACAACGAAGAUUAACACGAGAAACAGUACUGAUAAGAGUAAAAACACAAUCAAGAAGAGAAAGCCGCUGAAACAGCAGCAACAAUAGAAAUAAAUAACAACGGAAAAGAAAAUGGCAUAGAGAAGAUAUCAAAUAAGUAUGAAUGACUCCCAAACUUGAAGACGAAGAAGAAAGAAAAAGAGAGAGAGAAAGAGGAGAUUCUAAAGUUAUAACCGCGCGCCGCAGAUUUGCCCAACUUUGUCCGGAGAGGGAGAACUGUUGAAGUAGGAAUACCUGUUGCUAUCAAUCUUCGCAUGAUGAACCGGUCCGUGCGCCGAUGAACCCGAGACCAAGGUAGAAAAAAGGAAGAAAAAACCGAAAAAUUGGAAAAAAUAAUAGUUGAAAAAAUUUGGGAAAAAAAAUCGACGAAAACGAACCUUUCCGAGAUGCAUCUAAACGCCAACUCGUCCCACGAACCGGUGCCACCUCCGGAGUACGAGUCCUACGGCUACGACUACGAGUCCUUCAACUACUCGCUGUGCCUGAACGAGACCUUGAUGCUCGAGGAGUGCGGUCCAGUGCCCACCUUCAGGCACUCCCUGCCCAUCACGAUCCUCUACUGCGUCGCCUACGUCCUGGUCUCCGUCAUGGGGGUCAUCGGAAACAGCUUCGUGGUGGCCGUGGUCGUGAGGUCCCCGCGCAUGCGCUCCGUAACCAACGUGUUCAUCGCCAACCUCGCCGUCGCAGACUUGCUGGUCAAUAUCGUUGUUCUCCCGACGACCCUCAUCGGCAACACCUUAAAUGCGUGGGUCUUGGGCCUCUUCGUCUGCAAGGCAGUGAGCUACUUACAAGGGGUAAGCGUCUCAGCGUCUAUCAACACCUUGGUGGCCAUCACGCUCGACCGCGCCCUGGCCAUCUGCUACCCAAUGCGAUGCCAAAUCACGUCCAGGACCUGUCGGGUCAUCAUCGUCGUUAUCUGGGUAUUCUCUCUCACCAUCACGCUGCCCUGGGCCAUCGUCUUCAAGCUGGAGCCCAUCCCAGAGACGGAUUUGCAAGUGUGCACUGAAAAAUGGCCUGACGACCGGAGCGGCGACCUGUAUUUCGUAGUGGCUAACCUGGUCAUGUGCUAUUUGCUGCCACUGACGGCCAUUUCCAUAUGCUACGUUCUCAUCUGGCGAAAGGUCUGGCGACGAAAACUGCCCGGCGAGCGCCAGGACGAGGGCGUGGCACUGAUGAUCCACAGGUCAAAGAUCAAGGUUAUUAAGAUGUUAGUGGUGGUCGUCAUCCUCUUUGCACUGUCUUGGCUGCCGCUCUACGUUAUAUUUGCCAGACAUAAGUUGGGAGUGGUGCCCACAGAAACAGAGACGUCCAUAAUUCAUGUCUUGGCUCCCAUAGCCCAGUGGCUGGGAGCAUCCAACUCCUGCAUCAACCCCAUUCUUUAUGCGUACUUCAACAUGAAGUUUCGGUCUGGCUUCAAGGCCAUCCUGGUCUCCUCGUGCUGCUCGACUCUGCGUAUUGACAACCAUAACAAAAGCUUCGUGGGCCACAAGUCCGUGAACCUGGCCAGCGCAGAAUCCAAGGCUUCCUCGGAGUUCUCCGUCUAUUCCAGCUCAUCUGGAUCAGCCGAGACGAGCCGCAAAUCCAUCAUGGUGCAGAUCCCAAUGGACGGGAAGGGAAACGCCACGGGAAAGAAGAGAUCCAUGCUGCCCAGGAGACCAGGUAGCUCCGCGGUUCUGUAUAAACAGUGCAUCAUCAACAACUUCACGAACGGCACCCAAACCCCGGCACAACUCUACGGGAAUACAACCCUCGUUUGAUGGACCAAUCCACUCCUCUUUCCUCGAUGGGACCGAUGUGUUUUGGUGAUCGGAGGGGGAGCCAUUCGUUUGCAGAGGAAUUUAUGUUUAUGUAUAUAAUACGUACCUAUCUAUAAAUGUAUAUACAUAUAUAAA